CUGGCUACAGCAAUUUUGUCUUUAAGCUUACGAAAAGUGUCUGCCAACCAGAAAUAAUAAUAAUACAAAAAAGACCAAUUGGAAAAUAAACCAAUAACAACAACAGAAACUGUGCGCUUGCCGCUCUCUUUCAAACGAGCGCGCGCUCUCUUGCGCUCUCUCUAUCUCCAUCUGUGCCUGUGUGUGUGUGUGUGUGUGUGUGCAAAUGCGCGUGCGUGCGUUCGUUUAGAUAAAAGCACUCAGCGUUAAGGUCAUGGAAACAUAUCAACAGUAUCUUAAGAAGAGUCAGGAACUGCAGAAACAGCGUCUAUUUCAUACGUUUCAGGAGCAAACCAAACAAAUGGAAUUGGAACACAAAUGGCAAUUGGAGCACAAGUAUCAUUUUGCGGUGCAUUCACAUGGCGCUUUCCAGGAAUUGCGGGAACAGAGCAUGGUCAAUGCAGCGGCCGUUGUAGAGGAGCAGCAUCGCCAGCAACAUCAACAGCAGCAGCAGCAGCAGCAGCAGCAGCAGCAACAGCAGCAGCAGCAGCAACAUCAACAGCAUCAACAGCAGCAGCAACGUGAGCGUCGAGAACGUGAAGUUAUGAAGCGCAAGGAGAAUUGCAGUGCCAAUGCCAGUCCAGAAGUCAAACAGAUUCUCAGUAGCUUCCUCAUGAGCCGCAAAUCUCAAGCGGCAGCUCCAAAUGGCAACAGCACAACCUCAUCCUAUCGCAAUCGCGGCGUAGUGAAAAGCUCUUCGGGUGAAUCACUGCCUGCUGGCACUGUGACCAGUGCGCAUCCUUAUAAAAUUCCUCAGCCGCCCUCCUCACUGCUCAAAUAUGAAUCUGAUUUUCCGCUCAGGAAGACUGCAUCGGAGCCGAACCUGCUGAAGAUUCGUCUUAAGCAGAGCGUCAUCGAGCGCAAGGCUCGCAUCGGUGGGCCGGCGGGGGCGCGACGUCACGAGCGGCUGCUGCAGGCCGCCCAGCGCAGGCAUCAAAAGAACUCCGUUCUUACAAAUUGCAACAGCACUCCAGACUCCGGACCCAACUCGCCGCCCUCGUCCACUGGGCUGUCGGUGGGCGUGGUCGGCAGCCGCGGCUCGCCCACCAGUGCGCCCAUACAGGAGGAGAACGAGGAGGGCAGCCAGUACCAGCCGGGCCAGCGCAGCAGCAUCAACGAUCUGCCGCUGUUCAGUUCGCCCUCCCUGCCGAACAUAUCGCUGGGGCGUCCGCAUUUAGCCAACGCACAGACGGGCCAGCCCAACUAUGCCAUCUUUGCUGCACUGCGUCAGCAUGUGGCCGCCAGCAAUGCAGCUGGUGUUGGCGUCGGCGUCGGCGCUGGCGCCGCACCCGUGCCGCCCACCUACUACAGUCCGCUGGCCAUGCCCUUUGGCCGCCAGCCAGCGCCGCAGCUGGGCAUGAUGCCAGCCACGGGAAUUGCGCCGCAGCCAGCACCAGUGGUGCGCUCCGCCUCGGCGACGUCCACAUCCUCGUCGCAGGCAUCGCUGGUGGGCGAUGUGGCGCCACCGCAGGCGCAUGCCGCCUCCACCAUUUUGCCCUCAUCCUCAUCCUACAUGCAGCUGAACAACUGCUCCAAUGCCUCUGCAGUGAAUCUGCAUGCGGCCGCCGUCGCAGCCGCUGCAGCUGCCGCCGCCAACAGCCACGCCCAUGCCCUCUACGGCCAUCAGCACAAUGCGGCGCACCAGCAGCAUGUCCAUGUGCCCAUUACGGACGCCCAGGUGGCGCAGGCGCAUCUGCACAAGCAGCAGCAUCGACCGCUGGGACGCACGCAGUCGGCGCCGCUGCCACUGGGCCACCCCAUGCUCACCGGCGCCGGCCAGCUGAACGUCGCCCAGACGCACUACGAGAACAGCGAGGCGGAGCGUCAGGCCUACGAGCACCAGGUGCUCACCCAGAAGCUGCGCCAGACGCUCCUCACGCGCAGCGGAGCCGCCGCCGCCGCUGCCGCUGCCAGCCGCGAGCCGCAGCUGCGCGAGGAGGAGGAUGACUCUGCCGCCGAGGUCAUGGACCUCACCGACAAAAAGAAGCCGCCCAAAACGGUGCUCACCAGCACCAUUGCCACCAGCACCUCACAGAAUCUGCCCGAGGCUUUGGCAGCGGCCGCUGCUGCUGCCGCUGCCGCCGCAGCAGUAAAUUCGUCCAACUAUCGCGGCAAGCGCGACCAGGAGUAUCUGCAGCAGCAGCGCCAGCUGCUCUUUCUGCAGGAGGAGGAGCGCGCCAAGAGCCUGAUGUGUCCACUGUCGCGCACAUUGAGCAGUCCACUGGUGCCGCUGGGGCCGCAUGGGCUCAGUCAAAUACCCGACACGGGCCAGCAGCCAGGACCCAUUGUCACCAGCUCCUCGGCCGAUCAUAUUCCGCCCGUCAAUCUGACGCUGCCGCACAAGCGUCAGCUCGUCUAUGCCGCCCAGCUGCGCCAGCAGAGCGAAGCAGCGCUGGCGGCGGCGGCGGCGACGGUCGGUCUGGUGACGUCAAGCACGCACAAGAAGAUCACCACGGGACUGGCCUACGAUCCGCUGAUGCUGAAGCACUCCUGCAUUUGCGGCGACAAUGCGCCACAUCCGGAGCAUAGCGGGCGCCUGCAGAGCGUCUGGGCGCGGCUGAACGAAACGGAUCUGGUGAAGCGCUGCGACCGGGUGCGCGCCCGCAAGGCAACGCAGGAGGAGCUGCAGACGGUGCACACGGAGGCGCAUGCCAUGCUCUUUGGCUCCAAUCAAAUGCAGCUGAGUCGCCCCAAGCUCGAGAGCGCGCUCUCCGCCAGCUUUGUGCGCUUGUCUUGCGGCGGCCUGGGCGUCGACUUGGACACCACGUGGAAUGAGCAUCAUACGGCAACAGCGGCCCGCAUGGCCGCUGGCUGUGUCAUCGACUUGGCCUUCAAGACGGCCAAGGGUGAGUUGCGCAACGGCUUCGCCGUCGUCCGUCCACCUGGCCAUCAUGCCGAAGCGAAUCUAGCCAUGGGCUUUUGCUUCUUCAACUCGAUUGCCAUUGCGGCGAAGCUGCUGCGACAGCGCGUGCCCGAGAUGAAGCGCAUACUGAUUGUGGAUUGGGAUGUGCACCAUGGCAAUGGCACACAGCAGGCGUUUUACCAAAGUCCCGACAUUCUAUAUCUUUCCAUACAUCGACACGAUGACGGCAACUUCUUUCCCGGCACAGGCGGACCCACUGAGUGCGGCUCUGGUGCUGGCCUUGGUUACAAUGUAAACAUCUCUUGGUCUGGCGCGCUGAAUCCGCCGCUGGGCGAUGCCGAAUAUAUUGCUGCAUUCCGUACUGUUGUGAUGCCCAUUGCCAAGUGCUUUAAUCCCGACAUUGUGCUUGUCUCGUCUGGCUUCGAUGCCGCCACUGGUCAUCCGGCGCCGCUGGGCGGCUACAAUGUCUCGCCCGCCUGCUUUGGCAUGAUGACGCGCGAGCUGCUGCAGCUGGCCAAUGGCAAGGUGGUGCUCGCCAUGGAGGGCGGCUACGAUUUGGCUGCCAUUUGUGAUUCGGCGCAAGAGUGUGUGCGUGCGCUGCUCGGCGAUCCGGCGGCGCCCAUUGCGCAAAGCGAACUGGAGCGUCCGCCCUGCCAGAAUGCCAUCAAUACGCUACAAAAGACCAUUGCCAUACAGCACACGCAUUGGCCCAGUGUGCGUCGGCUGGAGCAUACGGUGGGCAUGUCGGCAAUGGAGGUGCUGAAGAUCGAGCAUGAUGAAUCUGAAACGGUCAAUGCCAUGGCCGGCCUCUCCAUGCAGUCGCUGCAUAGAACGCUUUCGCGUGAUGAUUCCGAGGAGCCCAUGGAUCAGGAUGAAACCAAAUAGGAGACGCAUGUGUGCCGCCGACUGCUCAAUGCACCCUAGUUAUUGUUGUAGUUUAAUUGUUGUUCUUGUUAUUAUUGUCAUACAUUGUUGUCGUCGUUGUCAUCUCAUCUCUCAUACACACGAUCCAUUGCCAGCUCUCUCACACUCACUCCUUGUAUCUACCAGUUUCCUAUGCUUUAAAACAAACACACACACACAUAUGCACACGCACUCACUGCAGCUGACCAUGCCCUCCAAAUAAGCAACAACGCCUCCCUGCUCCACACCACGCACAACAAUAAAACCAAGAAACCAAGCGAGAUUUGAUCUAAAGCUGAAACAGAGCUGGUAACAAGGCCUAGAGUUCAAAACGUGGCUGUGCCACUAAAAACACAAAUUAAAACAAAAACAAAACGCAAACAAAAUUAUAACUUUUUAGCAUCGAAAGAGCAUAUAUAUAUGGAAUAUAAAGAAAAGUUGAUAUAUAUAAAGUUUAUAUAUAUAUAUGACACCCUAGCAUGUAAUGUAGCCUAAACUAACGAAAAUUGCACCAUUUAAUGUAAUGCAGAGUGAAACACUAUGUAUAAAAAACAAAAACAAAAUGAAAUAUAUAUGUAAAACUAAAGUAUAUAUACUUCAUGGUUUAGUAACAAAUAAUAAAUUGAAUAUACAUACAUACAUGCUGUACUAUAUCUAACAUAUUAAGCCUGCAUUUGUUUAACGAAUAUAUACCUAAAGAUAUAUAUG